AAAUUUUAUGCUGAAUAUGGCGCCAUAUAAAUAUACACACACAUAUCUCUCUUUCAUUUCCUCAACUUUCUCUUCCCUUUCAAUAUACACAGAGAGGAAAAGGAAGAGAAAGAUACAGAGUAACAAGCAAUGGCAGACCAAGGUAAUUGUGUGAGAGUAACUCGUUUGGCUAAGAAAAGGGAAGCAGAAGCUAUGGUUCAGUACCUACAACAGCCCAACAAGAAGAGAGUUGUUUUGGCUGAGAUUCAAAAUCAGAUUAAGCCUAAAACUAAGCAGAUUACUACUAAGAGGAAGGUGAAAAGGUGUGUUAAUGAAAAAGACAAGGAAUUUGAUGACCCCCAGAUGUGUAGUGCUUAUGUUUCUGAUAUAUAUGGUUAUCUUCACCAUAUGGAGAUUGAGAAUAAGAGAAGACCAUUGCCUGAUUACCUUGAGAAGAUUCAAAAGGAUGUGACUGCAAACAUGAGAGGAGUUUUGGUUGACUGGCUGGUGGAAGUUGCAGAGGAAUACAAACUUUUAGUAGACACAUUGUACCUUACUGUUUCCUACAUUGACAGAUUCUUAUCGGUGAAUGUCAUCCCUAGGCAAAGACUUCAGCUUUUGGGUGUUUCCGCAAUGCUCAUUGCUGCGAAGUAUGAGGAAAUUAGCCCUCCAAAUGUUGAGGACUUUUGUUACAUUACAGACAAUACAUUUACAAAGAAAGAGGUGGUAAAGAUGGAGGCUGAUGUGUUACAAUCCCUCAAAUUUGAAAUGGGUAAUCCCACAACCAAAACAUUUGUCAGAAGAUUUACUAGAGUUGCUCAGGAAGAUUACAAAAAAGCCGGUUUACAGUUGGAGUUUCUAGGAUACUACUUAGCAGAAUUAAGUUUAUUGGAUUACAGCUGCGUGAAAUUCUUGCCUUCUUUGGUAGCUGCUGCUGUGAUAUUCCUAUCAAGGUUCACAUUACAGCCAAAGUCACAUCCUUGGAGUCUGGCCCUUCAAAGUUGCUCAGGAUAUAAAGCAGCAGAUUUAAAGGAAUGUGUUCUUAUCAUACAUGACUUGCAAUUAAGUAAAAGAGGAAGCACUUUGGCAGCUGUGAGGGACAAAUACAAGCUGCAUAAGUUCAAGUGUGUGUCAACAUUAUCUUCUCCUCUGGAAAUACCGGAUUCAUUCUUCGAACAUGCAAGACAAUGACUACUUGGGCAUAUGCUUGGGAAUUAGAAUAGGACUGCAUUCUUGGCUUCUUCAAGUUGGAAAGAUUGCUUAAUUUUGCUUCAUGCUGCUCUGAGGACGUUAUUAGGGUCAACUCAAUAGAAAAUGUGUCAUGUUUGUUUAAUAAAUUUUUUGUAUAUCUUAUUGAGUAUAUUCUUACAACUUAAAAUUUGUUGGCCCUUGCUUAUCUUUGGGCAGGACAUAUUUUUGCCAACAGCCAAAAAUUUACAGGAAUCCUUUGAAUUUACAUUAUAUUCAAGAUAAAAGGGAUCUUUUGUCCU